AUGGUAUUGCACAAUCCACAGCUCAAUGCAAACGCGUCUUACUUUGUGUUCCUAACCUUUGUUGAGAUUUAUAGUAACUGCAUUUAUCAUUUGUUGGAUGACGAUAUUCUCAACCAAGCACCUCAGACGAAACAAAUGCGUGAAGAUAAUCGUGGUCGGCCGUACAUCAGAGACAUGGCAGAAGUCAUCGAGUUGCUGAAUAUGGGUCUGUGA